UGCGGAGCGGGCCGACGGCCCGGCUCCGUUUCCGGUUGUGUCGGGGCAUGGCGGGGGAUGGCGGCGCGGCAGCCUCACGGGAGCUCCUGGCCGUGGGGCUGCGAGGAGGGCUGGAAGAAACUUUGUUGAUCAGAUCAAAAUGCAGCAGCAAGGAGGCCACAACCUUACAGACAGUGAGGAUGCCGAGGAGUAGCCUUUUGGACCGAGUACAGAGCUUUUUACCACAGAUGGCCCAUGCAAAUGAUGAGCUAAGAAGAAAAAUGGUUACAGCACCAGCUCAUCAGUUUGAUAUUGAAAAUCUAGACAGUGCAACAGAAAAAGUUAUAGAAAUGAAUGUGGCUGUAGUUGAACUGAGCGAUUCUGAUACAGAUGAAGAGAUAUUAACUUCAGAAGAUGACUCGGAAUCUGAAGAUGACUGUAUAGCUGGCGAAGUGACAAUAGACAACAUUAAGUUUCCUAAACAAAAGGGAGAAAAAGGCAAAAUAGAAGUUCUGGACAGCAAAGUGAAUGAGUGAAGGUGUUACUUUAAUAUUCCACAGUGAUGGCCUUGGUUCUGAGAUAUUCAUGAAGAGCUUCUUCACCUAUACAAGCACAAUAUUCACCAGUUAGCAUAGCAGCUGAAUGAGAGAAUGUUGUCAGUCACUGUAACAUUAUUAAGAAAAAUAAUAAAAUGCUUCAGCCAGUAUAAAAGUCCUUAUGGAACAAUGGAAACUCAUUGACUUACCCUCCCACUGAGAUCUACAGAACUGGUUUGACAAGAAGAGGCCAAAUCCAACAGAUGUGGAAAGAACAAGGAGCUGGAAUUUAACAAGCAGCCACCUGGGUGGGACUGAAGCAGCGGUGGUCUCCAGAUAGCCACUGGGGGCUCAUAGAUGAAUUUAUGAACUUUGGUUUGCCUAUGUUACAGUUUCUGGGCAGAGAAGCUGUGUAGAAAUUGGUAGUCUUUCUUUUCCUCAUACUGUUACUCAUUUUGGUUUCAGAAAAUGGGAUACUUGCUACAGAUUCUAAAGGCAAAAAUCUUGUGUCACUGAACAUUUUUUUGUUGUUUUUCUUUGCUAUGAGGCCUGAUCUGUCCAGACUUGUAAAGUUUCAUUGAAAGACAAAACUUCACUUGUUUUAAA